GCUCCCUUUUCCAUUCACUACAAACACGGCCGGUCAUUUUCACUCUGAUUUGGAAAUACCUUAUUAAGUUUAUACAAGUCCACAAAAUUUCCCAUGACGAGGCAGGAGCUGCUAGACGAGGAGUUCGAGUCCCUGCGUCGCAUUGCGUUGGCCAUUUGUCAGAACCUCGGAAGGCCUAAGGAUCGCGAGAUAUGCCGUAGCACCCUCGAAGAGCUGGCUAGGCUCCAUCACGCUCCGUCGAUCAGGAUCAAAGAGAAUGUGCACAAAUUCAUGAUGUUCUAUCUAAAAGUGCUAAGGUGGACCCAAAAGAACCAACCAGUGGAUUUAUAUCGGCAAUGGUAUGGAGAAAACUUUGGUAAUGAUUCGAAGUUUGCCUCAUCGGCCGCACCUUCUAUGGAUGAAAUGCGAAUUUGGUUGGAGGAGGGAAGGUCCUUUUAUGCCAUGAAAACAUUUGAGGACGGCUCCACUACCGUUUUCACAGCAGUGGCCAAAGACCCGAAAGCUGGAUGGUCGGAAAAUGGUCUGAAAACACUUAUGGAAACGCAAAUAGGUUGCGCUUUAAAUCAAGAUGAUAAAUAAACGUUUUUAUAUACUUAUCAUAUGCACAUUUUGAUUGUCGGUG